CUAAUCUGUUAGUAAGACAACUUUGACAGAGCACAUGCAUAGUGAUUCUGUUGUUAGUGAUGCUUCUCACUGUCGUGAUUUCUUGCCCUUCCUUGCACUUGUCCACAAUUUUCUGGUUACUUUUUCGAGCUUGGAGGGUAAUCCUAUGGCAAAGGCUUCUUUUUUUCUUAUGGAAGACGAAUUAUCCAGGGGUUUGAAGGCUGACAGCUGCCGGUGUAAUCAGAACAAGUGAUUGCUGUGAAGGUGGUGGUUCAAUUCCAAUGGUUUCUACUACAUUUCCUUAACAAAUUGUUGGUAACUGAGUCUAAAUCCACGUCUCAGGAGGAAUUUUCUGCAACAUUGUGAUUGUAAGCUUUUGUGGGUAAUGGUGGUUUUAUCAUUAUAUAGCUUCAGCCUCUUUUCUCCAUAAAUUCAAGGAUCGGAAGAUCAUCCUUGUCCUAGUAAAGAAACCACUUUUAAAUCAAGGGUUUUUGUUAAAAGGGUCUUGCAAUGAUUAAGGAAUACUCUCUCAUUUAAUUUUUUAAAUUUAAUAUACAAUAGAGUUUUUUUCAGAUUGCCCUAAUGGCAUUCCCUUUAAUCAAUUAUCAACAGAGACAAUUGCUGAUUUGGAAAAUAAUUAAUUAGGCGAUGAUCCCAAUUGACACUGACUUAUUAAAUAAAGAAUUUUGAUAUAAUUUUCACAAAUCGAGAAGAAACAAAUGGUAAAAAUCACAACGCUUUCAUUUGAAGUGAAAAAAAAAAAAAAAAAAAACUCUCUUUGUUUCUUCUGUCUCUCUUUUUCUGUGUGUCGUCUAGUCUGGUUCAAUCCCAGCUAUGUCACCACGAAACACGCCAUAUUCAGUCUCUUUCGAUUGGGCAUGAUGAUGGACUGCUGAAGAAUGUUUGAGAGAGGAGUUAUGAAAACCCAUUUGCCAGUCUAUCCUCCCACUUCUCAGUAAAGAAAACCAAAUUCAACAAAGCAUACAUGUCACUGGAGUUACCGCAAGAGAUAAUAUCAGAAAUACUUACACGACUGUCUGUGAAGCCUCUUCUUCGUUUCAGAUGCGUAUCUAAGUCAUGGUGUGCCACGAUCGACAGCCCUGAUUUCAUCAGUAGGCAUGUUAAACGCUCAAUUGAAACCACUACCAACCAUCAGCUCAUCCUUGAGGAAUGGGAUUUUGAAACCAGAGGCUAUCAAUCUAAUUUGUACUCGGCCAGUAUUGAUGAGAGACUUGACAUAUUCCUUAAAGGACUGAGUAAACCACUAAUGCACCAAUCUGAAGAUCUGUUCUCAAAUUCUUGCAAUGGGCUGAUUUUCUUGUAUAAUGCCUAUGAAGCUGUUGCUUUGUGGAAUCCGUUUACUAGAAGGUGCCGCAAGAUACCAGCUGAGCCCUUUAAGACCCCUAGUGCUAAACUUGUCACCCCUGACUGGCUAUCAGCAUUUGGAUUUGGGUACGACAGCCUUCAUGAUGACUAUAGAGUUGUGAGAAUCUUGCGAUUUGAUCCCAAGGAUUGUUGGCAGGCACAUGAAGUUUCAGUGUACAGUUUGAGAACAAAUACUUGGAGAAGUGUUCAAGGUUUCCCUCUCGUUGGAUAUAUAUUUCUUUCAGCUUAUAGUGAAUUUGCUAGUGGUGCUUCACAUUGGUUGGUAUAUAAACCCAUCAGUGAUCUUGAUGAAAAAGAUCGAUAUGUGAUAGCUGCUUUUGAUUUUGUGAAGGAGGAGUUUUAUGAGCUGCCACUGCCAAAAUAUACUGAAGAGUUUGAGCAAGAUUUCCUCAUAGUCCUUCAAGGAUGUUUAUGUGUGUUAUCGUGUAAUUAUGCACAGGAUGCAACUCAGGUCACGCUCUACAUGAUGAAGCAGUAUGGUUUGAGAGAUUCUUGGGACAAGUUGUAUAUUUUUAAACAAGGAGAUCUUCCUUAUGAAUUUGAGCAUGCUAUGCCUUUAAUAUAUUCACAGAGGAGCGAUAAGUUGCUCUUACAGGUGGUCUGCAAGGAGGGCUUCAGAAGUCUUGUUUGGUAUGACUUGCAAGAGAAAAAAAGUUCAAAAGUCGAUAUAUGCAAUAAACAAUCUAGCUUUACUGUAUUGGUUUGUUUGGAAAGCCUUGUUAGGCUUGGUGAAGAUGACCACUUUGAUGGAGCUCAUGAAUCUGUCAGUAAUGAUGCUUCUUCCUGUAGCAGGAAUGAAGAAUGAAUGAUUGGUGAAGAAGACGACCUUGAUGGAGCUAUCAUAAAUCCGUUGGUAAUGAUGCUUCUUGUAGGGAUGAAUGCCAAAGGACGGUAAGGAAGGAUCCCAUAACGAGGUAAAAUGUCCAAGUUCAUGAAAAGUUCAUUCUCUGGUAUUUGUUUAUUUUAGCUUCAUAUGUUUGUUUCUUUGUAUUAUAAUCUUGUACACCCUUUUUCUGCCGAACUAGUUGAACAUGGUUCAGGAAAUUGUUACUCUUGUUUUUGCAGCACCAUUGAUUGUAUGGCUGCGAAUAUUUGACUGUUUGUUUAUGGGACAUCUAGAUGUUAUGUACUAUACUACCAUUCUCUUGGCUUUCAUCGAAGUCUUUUGUUCAUUUACCCAAUGAUAUUGAGACUUGUACUGGUUUGAUUUCUUGGCUCCA